AUGCGUAUCUUUAAGCAGAGAGGUGACCAAAGUGGCAAGCGGUCCGACGGCCACUAUAACAGCAACCCACACAGCUUUAGAAACUGGGGUGCCAAUAAAUACACCAACAUGCACGGCCAUCUCGUUCGUUCACUGCAUUCAGCUUCCUCCCCCAGGCCUUUAGAGAGCAUUGAGUCCCAGUGUGUCAGGGGUCGCUUUGCACUCGAGGAAGAUAAUGAUCGCGAGCGGGAGGCUAAGCGACAGGCAUGCGUCGAGGCCGUGGCCAGAUUCAGGGCCGGACUCAAGGCCAGUCGCGAAGCGGAAUUUGACUCUUUUCUUGAGGACACAGAUUCAUCGAUCGCCAAUUCUACCACUCAACUCUCUCAGCUGAAGAACACCACCUUUUCAUUCACUACUAAGGGUGUCUGCGGCACCAAGGCCAGGGGCAGUGCUGGAAAGAGGACGUCUCUCGAUGUCAGAGUCCACUCCAGUCCUGCUGUGACCUCUCCCAACACUCGACGACAGAAUACUAUCCUAAAACUUAUGGCAAGGCAAGGAACCCACUUCAGCGUUACAGGUAAAGCCAGAGCCAGGAUCAGAAAGACUCCCAUCUCGGUCAGGUUCCGCCACAGUCUGUGCAGAUCCAACGGCAUCACACUCAAGACUCAACUGUGUCGACUUGGUCGCACUGUCAGUGCCAGCCGGAAGCUCCUCAACCAUGACAGUCACUCCUUCAUUGGCAAUACUCCCGCCCCUGACAGCAUCGUUACAGCGGAGAUCGUGGGCGUUGAACCCAGCUUACAGGAAUCUAUGGCGAACAAGGGUCAUCGUGAUUUCACUUUCGCCGACUGGUUCACUGUUGCCAUGUUUGUGCUUCAAUACCUCAUCUGGAUAACUCUGGGUUGUCUUUUCGUAUCCGUGCUAGGAUCCUAA